AUGGCCAUCACCACCCAAUCACAACCCUUUUGCUUUGCCCUAAGUCUCUUAGGAAUCCUUCAUUUCUUCAUCUUCUUCUUUCUCUCUCAAGCCACUACUCAUUAUCUCAUUCACCGUGAUUCCCCUUUAUCUCCAUUCUAUGACCCCAAAACCACCCCCUCUGAUCGCUUCCACAGUGCUUUCCAACGCUCAUGGAACCGCGUCAACAGUUUCAAACAUGCUGGUGCAAACCCUAACAAUGGCAACUCACUGGCCCCUAUGACUGGUGGAGGUGGAGAGUACCUCAUGAAAAUUUUCAUUGGAACUCCACCGGUUGAGGUUAUUGCCAUAGUUGACACAGGCAGUGAUCUCAUAUGGACACAGUGUUUGCCAUGCAUAAAAUGUCACAACCAACCUACUCCUAUCUUUGAUCCUCGCAAUUCCAGAUCAUACAGCACACUACCAUGCAGAUCUACAUUUUGCAACUCAAGAUACGUACAGUAUCCACGGUGUGACAGGAAUAGCAUAUGUUGGUAUGGUUAUUCUUACUUUGAUGGUUCUCACACUGAGGGAAACCUUGCCUCUGAAACCUUUACCCUAGGCACCCAAAACCCAAUUACUCUUCCAAACACUCUAUUUGGGUGUUCACACAACACUGGUGGGACAUUUAUCAGUUCAGAGUCAGGCCUCAUUGGUCUUGGUCGAGGCAAGCUUUCACUACUUUCUCAAUUUGGUAUAAAAAAAAUGUCUUAUUGUCUAGUUCCCAGAACCAUGAAGUCCACUAGCAAGAUUAUUUUCGGUGAAGAUUCUGUGGUUUCUGGUCCUGAAGUCGUUACAACCCCUUUUGUUACAACUGCUACUUCUAACCAUUACCUCAUCACAUUGGAGGCUUUAAGUGUAGGGGAAGAGAGGAUUGAAUUUGCAAACCAGGUUGGUAUUGAGGGGAAUGUGGCCAUUGAUUCUGGAACAACAUAUACUUUUCUGCCAUCAGGCCUUUAUGAUGGUUUGGUAUCUGCUUUGGAAAACACAAUAAGGGCUCAAAGGGUGAGUGACCCAUAUGGUGUUCUUAGGCUUUGUUAUCAAACUACUGCUGACAGAAUCAGAUUUCCCAUCAUCACAGCACAUUUUAAGGGAGGGGAUGUGAGGUUGCAGCCAGUGAAUACGUUCUCUUGGAUGAGGGAGGAUGUGGCAUGUUUGACAAUGGUUCCCAGCAACGUGACUUUCUAUGGAAACUUGGCUCAGACAAAUUUCUGGGUUGGAUAUGACCUUGAGGCUGGCACUGUGUCCUUUAAGCCUACUGAUUGUUCCCUGUGA